UGCAAUAUCCACGAUUCUCAGUCGUGUUGUGACCGGACGCCGCGCUAGAACACUUUCGUUCUCUUGCCAUCUUUUCGGUAGAAUCAUUAAAUGAAAAAAGGUGACUUGCGUGGGCCACUUCGUGGACAUUUUACGUGGCUGUAUACACGCAAAACGAAAUAUAAAAAGCGUCUGCAAUAGUGUGGAAAAUAAAAUUCAAACGCGCCAAGACCGACCUAUCUUCUCCAUCGGCCAUCGGGUGAAUCUAGCGAGUUUCGCGGGAAAUAUCUUUGCGCGACAGUUUAUUAAAAGAAACACGACCAGUACAAACCGGCAAGUAAGUGCGGUUUCGGGUGGUUUUUUGGUGGCCGCUCAAACCCCGCUAGAGAAGACUAUCGAGCAAAAGUGGGUUAGAGUUUGUGCACGCGACAACCCCUAUAGGAGUGUUUCUGCAAGCAAGCAAGCAAGCGCCGUUCGACACGCCGUUGGUGUUCACCUGUCGGGUGGAAAAGCGGGCCCGGCAUUAGUCCCAUGGCCAAAUCGAAAGUGAUGCCCGAGAUCUUGACUGGUCGAGCGAAUCCGUUCAUGCGACCUUAGCACCAAUAUUUGAGUUUGUAUUCCCUCCCGCCUGCCCGAAACACACUGCCAAAGGAAGCGCAAGGCGCGUACUUUUCUGUGAUAUUUCCCGCCAUCACCGACCCACACAUUCAUCCAUAUCAGUUUGGCCGGCCAGCGAGUAAACAGGAUGGAGUCGUUAGCUUGGUCAUUCUCGAUAGUAGUACUAGCGAUAGUGUUGAUGGUAACACCGUUGGAAGGAUUAAAAAAUCAUAAGCCACAUCAACACCCUGGAAAUGAUGAUGGUACCAAUCGGAACUUGCCAUUACAGAAGGCUGGCAACGCCGACGAUGGAAUCCUUAAUCCUAUUUACCCCCUGAUGGUACCUUCGCAGAAGCAGGACACGGUCACACUGACCUACAAUCAUGGUGGCAAGGUCACCGUGUUACCACUGAUCCAGAGUCAUGGUCGGACGACUGGUGAUUGUCAGUACUAUCGGGCAGGAACGCAAUCUCGUACCAGACACGAUGGUCAACCUAGCACCGAAGUUUUCAGCUGCGAUGGUCGCAUCCGGGGAACAAUCCGUUUACCGGAAGGAACGUUCCAGAUUGAGUACGAUACUAAGGCGGGGGUUCACUUUAUUCGACGACUGAUGGACCUGCAGCGCCACCGAGAGGGGAAGCAUCGCACGAAACGGACUCAUAUCAGUACACUGAGAGGCCCGUACCAGGCAAAUGCACAUUCGAACUACGUCGAGUUAUUGCUCGUCGUGGAUAAUUCACUGUUUCGCAAGCUGGACCAGGAUGUCUGGAGAGUGUAUCAGUAUUGUGCCCACCUCGUUAACCAUAUCAACAUGCUGUACAACCCACUGAACAUUUUCAUCGCCCUCACGGACGUUGUCGUGUGGAAGGAUGUGGAUCGUAUCAACGUGUCUACGCGUGCAGAAGAAACGCUCAACAGCUUCCUCUCAUACCGAUCCACGGUACUACUAAACAAUCAUCCGCACGAUCACGCCCAACUUCUGACAGCGAUCGAGUUUAAGGACAAUGUGAUCGGAAAGGCCAAAGUAGGCGGCAUGUGCUCGGAUCGCAGCUCGGGUGCGAUCGUACGCGUCCACACGGAUGAUGUGGUGGUACAGGCUAGCACACUGGCCCACGAGAUGGGUCACAGCUUUACGAUGGAGCACGAUGAGGAUGGUGAUUGUGCCUGUCCCGAUCGGAAGUGCAUCAUGACACGCACCGUGACGGGACUAACGCUUCAACACUGGAGCAACUGCAGUCUGGAACAGUUGUCCACGGCUUUUGGACGGGGGCUGCACCAUUGUCUAUCGAACCGUCCGACGCAUCUGGCGUUCGAGAGCUGUGGUAAUGGAUUCGUGGAAGCGGGUGAGGAAUGCGAUUGUGGCCUAGAGGAAGCGUGUGAGAAUAGUUGUUGUGACGCAAAGACAUGUCGAUUACGGGAAGGCGCACAGUGUGCCACGGGUGAAUGUUGUGAUCUAGAGACGUGUAAGUUGCGUGAGCCUGCAGUGCCAUGUCGACAAGCACGAGGCGAAUGUGAUCUACCCGAGUACUGUACCGGACGGUCGGAGUUCUGUCCAGCGGAUGUCUAUCGACGAGAUACGGAACAAUGCGCCGGCGGAGAAGCGCAUUGCAUUGAAGGACGCUGUCGUACGCGGACGGAUCAGUGUCGUGCACUGUGGGGACCCUCGGGACAUGCGGCCAGCGAGGCAUGUUACGAGGCAAAUGCGCAGGGUACCAAGUACGGCAACUGUGGCUACGAGGGACGCCCGGCAGAAAGCUUCCGAAAGUGUGCUACAGCGGAUGUGAUGUGCGGAUUGCUGUUCUGUCACCAUCACAAGCCGGACGAGGAACUGGAGCUGGGCGAAUAUAAUGGAGACUCGCGGUACAGCGUGCAGAAAGGCAAUGAGACGAUGCGUCACGUUCUGUGUCGCUCGGCUUACGUUGAUUUGGGUGAUGGUCAAGGGCGCCAUCCAGCUUUCGUACCGGACGGAGCACCCUGUGGCGAAGGCCGGAUGUGCUACAGACAGCGGUGUGAGAGUGUGGAGCGACUGAACGCGUGGGGACUCGGUGGCAAGACGUGUACGCACGAUUGCUUUGGACGCGGUGUGUGCAACAGUGAGGGACAUUGCCAUUGCCAGCUGGGAUAUGAUCCACCGUACUGUGAGCAUUCCGGUGUUGGAGGAUCGCUCGACAGUGGGCCUGCCUCUACCGAAACGGGAACCAUAAAUGACUUGCUAACGUACGCAGCCUUCACACUGGUGUUAUUACUUUUGUUGAUAUCGGUUGCCGUCUAUGUCCGCAGUUUACGUGCUGGUAUCGUAUCUCAAUGGGGACGUGGCCAUUGGCGUGGUUGCAAAGUUCGUGGCACCAGUCUUCGUGAACCAAUCAAAGCGGUCACACCAAUUGCUGCACGCGACAUAUCGCUUCCGAAGUAUCACUCGUCAACGCGCGACAUUAGCGACGAUCAGCAGUAUCGACCGAUCGCAGGAACGUCCUGGGAGACAGAAACAGACCCAGGAGUUAGAGUGCUAACAGUGGCUAGACCACAGGAAGGUACACACGGACAUCCGGUAACGAUCGAGUACCGGAUCGUACCGAGCACUCGCCGCCACGCCCCACUCCCACCCAUUCCGAUCCAUCGACAAAGACCAUUUUAGCCAGACUUCCCGUUUGCUCAAACGAAAUCACCAACGAACAAUAAUCUCCACACUCUUAUACAUGUCUUCGUCCCGUUUUUUAACGUAAGCUCUUCGUGUAAGAUAUUAAAGGCAAUAAAAACUCACCCACUUUUUCUAGUCAUAUCUGAUAGAUAAUGCUAAAGUUCGUAAAAA